GGAUGAGUAGGCGGGGACUCGCGCGUCCAAAAGUGCAAGCGCAAGCGCCUCGCAGGCUGCUCUUGGAGAUGCUUGUCUGCGUGCCUGUGUUUUACACUGCGAAUUUGACAGAUUAGAUUAAGGUCACUGUCGAAUCGCGAUAUUUCUGUCGCGAGAAUUUUUUUGUUCUGGAGGCUUCGGUGGGUAGACGGCGUUUUUCGGCGCGCGACGGCCGUGACAUUUACAGUCAUGGGUGUCCCAGCUGGUGAUGUCGAGAAGGGAAAGAAGAUCUUCGUUCAGAGGUGUGCUCAGUGCCACACUAUUGACGCCGGUGGCAAACACAAAGUUGGCCCCAAUCUCCAUGGUUUGAUUGGCAGAAAAACUGGUCAGGCUCCGGGCUAUGCCUACACAGAUGCCAACAAGGCUAAGGGAAUCACCUGGAACAAAGAUACCCUCUUUGAGUAUCUUGAGAACCCGAAGAAAUACAUUCCGGGCACGAAGAUGGUGUUCGCUGGCUUGAAAAAGCCACAAGAGCGAGGAGAUCUCAUUGCUUACAUCGAAUCGGCUAGCAAGUAAACUCAGCAGAGUCCAAGUUCCACCUCAAAGAGAUCAAUUGUACUGGACGAUGGAAACCUUAGGACAAUUAUCACCGAGUACCUCGUCACAAUGGUCAAUGCAUCUCUCAUUCAACCUAUGACUCUAAUCGCAAAACUCGUGUCGUUUCAAAAUGAAUGAAGCACCUAGUGAAAAUUGUUAAUAUUGUUAAAUAAGUAGGACAAAACAUUGUGGAAAAAUGUACAUUGACAUGGAGCUGGCAAGCACCAGCUAUGAAUUGUCUCCAUUGGAAGUAUCACUGCGUUGAAGAUUUGUGUCAGAGGCAGAGCCUCGAGAACGAACUCGACGUUUAUUUAUUAUCACGCCAGUGACAUCUGUCCUGUCGAUUUAUUCAUUUCAUGUGUUCUAUGCAUUAAAAUACAGAAUCGAUAACUGAAACUCAAA